CGUCAUUUCCUGUAACUUCUCCGAUGCCCUGAAUUACAUUUUCAGUCGCUUGUGAAGGGGAAGGAAAGAUGUCGGGUGCUGGGGGAGGGAAACGUCCCUCGGGAGGGGAUAGCCCCCCUGGCCCACCUGAGAAGAAAAGCAAGAAAGAGGAGAAGACCACCACCACCCUCAUUGAGCCAAUCCGGAUAGCUGGAGUCUCCUCUACGGAGGAAAUGGACAUGAAGGUCCUCCAGUUCAAGAACAAGAAGCUGUGUGAGCGCCUGGAGCAGAGGCAGGCGAUGGAGGAUGAGUUACGAGAGAAAAUUGAGAAGUUGGAGAAGAGACAAGCUACCGAUGACACAACCCUGCUGAUUGUCAACCGCUACUGGUCACAGUUGGAAGAAAAUCUGCAUGUUCUACGUAAACGUAUCGAGCCAGAAACUCCAAUGCCAUCCACCCCCGCCCCACCCUCUGUCCCUCCACUUGACCCCUCGCCAAUGGAAGUAGAUGGUGUUACUCUGGCCUCGCCAAGUUCUGUGGUGCCUCCAACAUCCCUCCCAGAGGCUCAGAGUGAGGGGGACCAAGCAGAGCAGCAGGAGGAACGUCAGGAUGAGUGUCAGGAGGAGCAGCAGCCCCCUCUGCCUACAGGGUCUGAAAAUGUGAUGAUGCCCACAGAACCACCACAGGACUCAACAAAAGAUGCCUCCCCGCCCCCGCCUCCCCUAAGUGAGAAUGCCAAGGGUUUUCUCACUACCUUGGAGCACAGCAGCGAAGAGGAACUGACCCUGCACCUCCAGGACCGCAUGCAGUUCAGCAAGGGAGCUGUGGCCUGCUUGGUCUGUGUCUUUGACAGACUACACAGCCACAUCGACAACAUGUGCAAGCAGAUCCAAGCUGCAGCCUGUGAGAGUGAAAGCCAGUCUGAAAUGAUCAGUGAGAACCAAACUCUGCUGGAGGAGAAUUGUCGUCUACGAGAUCUGGCCACUCUCCUGCAGGGCAGACACCACAAAACGUCCAUGGAGUACAACGAGUUAGUGGACAAGGUGACCAGCUCCGAGACCAAAGUGUCUGAGAUGGAGACGACUGUGGAGGACCUGCAGUGGGACAUGGAGAAACUCAGCAACAGGGAACAAAAGCUCAACAAACAUCUGGCAGAAGCCAUGGAGCAGCUUAAAUCUGGGUACAGCUGCACCGGAAGCUCAGGUGGACUACCUGGAGGCCAGAUUACACUUAACAUCCAGAAGUUUGAGAGUCUCAAUGCAGAGUUGGAGCACAAUCAGGAGAUGGCCAAUAGCCGAAUGGCAGAGUUGGAGAAACUACAGGGGGAGCUCCAGGAAGCUGUGAGAGAGAGUGAGAAGCUCAAGAUUGACCUGCGGAAUAUUCCAGAAGAGGUUGUGAAGGAGACUCAAGAAUACAAAUGUCUGCAGUCCCAGUUCUCCCUGUUGUACAACGAGUCACUUGGGGUUAAAACGCAGCUGGAUGAGGCCCGGGCCCUUCUGCUGACUGCAAAGAACGCCCACCUGCGACAGAUUGAGCACAUGGAGAGUGAUGAGCUGUCACUUCAGAAGAAGCUGCGCACUGAGGUCAUCCAGCUGGAGGAUACACUUGCUCAGGUGCGCAAAGAAUAUGAGAUGCUCCGUAUCGAGUUUGAGCAGAACCUGGCAGCUAACGAGCAAGCGGGACCAAUCAACAGGGAGAUGAGACACCUCAUCAGCAGCCUGCAGAACCACAACUUACAGUUGAAGGGCGAUGUGCAGCGCUAUAAGAGGAAGUUGCGGGAAACCCAGAUGGAGAUCAAUAAGUUGCGUUGUCAGAGUGGCGACACUGGGGUCCUCAUACUCGAGGAGACAACAAGUGACAGCAUGGAUGUGAAGAAAGAGGAGGACGAGGACCCGGAGGAGGAGGAGGAGAGGAGGAAGGAACUGGAGAGGCAGCGGGCCCGGGACAGAGAGAGGGAGAGAGAGGCUGAGCGAGAACGAGAGAGAGAGCGCGAGAGAGAGAGGCUACGAAAUGAUGAGCUGAAGAGGAAGGACUCGGACACACUGAAGAUGCUCAGAGUAGAACUCAAGGAAAGCCAGGAGUCCCAGAAAGAGAUGAAGCUGUUGUUGGACAUGUACAAGUCGGCUCCCAAGGAGCAGAGGGACAAAGUGCAGCUCAUGGCAGCUGAACGCAAAUCUAAAGCAGAGGUGGAUGAGUUGAGAAUGCGCGUGCGAGAGCUGGAGGAGAGGGAGAGGAAGGAGAGCAAGAAGCUUGCUGAUGAAGACGCCCUCAGGAAGAUCCGAGUGGCAGAGGAGACCAUCGAGCAUCUGCAAAAGAAACUUGCUGCCACUAAGCAGGAGGAGGAAGCCCUGCUGAGUGAGAUGGAUGUGACGGGCCAGGCCUUUGAGGACAUGCAGGAGCAGAACAGCCGGCUGCUGCAGCAGCUACGCGAGAAGGACGACGCCAACUUCAAGCUGAUGAGUGAGCGGAUCAAAUCCAACCAGAUCUACAAACUUCUGAAAGAGGAGAAGGAAGAGUUAGCGGACCAAGUUCUUACAUUUAAAACACAGGUUGAUGCCCAGCUACUGGUGGUGCAGAGACUAGAAGAAAAAGAGGGCGUCCUUCAGAGCACCCUCGCUGCUCUGGAAAAGGAACUUGCUGUCCGGACACAAGCACUAGAACUGAACAAGAGAAAGGCUGUGGAGGCCGCCCAGCUGGCAGAGGACCUGAAGGUGCAGCUGGAGCACACACAGGCCAAGCUCAAGGAGAUCCAGGUCUCUGUGGCAGAAAACCGCACUGCUCGGGAGAGGGAGAGCAGCAACCUGAAACGAUCACAGGAGGACCUGUCCCGGCUGCGACGGAAGUUGGAGAAACAGAAGAAGGUGGAAGUGUACUCUGAUGCUGAUGAGAUCCUGCAGGAGGAGAUCAACCAGUACAAGGCCAAGCUGCGCUGCCCCUGCUGCAACACACGAGACAAGGAGACGGUGCUCACCAAGUGUUUCCACGUGUUCUGCUACGAGUGUCUGAAGAUGCGCUACGACACUCGACAGAGGAAGUGCCCCAAGUGCAACUGCGCCUUCGGAGCCAAUGACUUCCACCGCAUCUACAUCACUUAACUCACCGAGAGACAGGAGGAGUGGAACGAGAAGGAAGUAGACCAAAGGAAGGUAGAAGAAGAAUAGAGGGACUGGAGAUUGAUUUAAAGACAUUUUUGGGGAGUUUAGAUGAGAAUGAUUCCCCGUUUGAAACUCUCUUUGGAAACAGACUUUUGUUCUCCUGCAUCAUCAUCCACACUUGAUUUGGUGACCAAACAGUGUGUGUGCUGUAGUUAAUAAACACAGAUGUUUGUGAACACGGUGAUAUUCACACAUGUUAAGCUGCUCUGCACUGUUUUUCAUGUCCUUGUUAAUGUUGAACAUCCCCUCUUUUAACAAACCCCCCUCCCCUCCCCCUUUUCAACAUGUCUUUAGUUUUUUUUUUUGUUUGUUUAUUGUAUCAAAAAACUUGGAACUGCAGUGGUACAUGUUUUUAUCUCCCUGAAGCGUUUCUCUGAGUCGUUUUGUCCUGCUGCUUUUGUAAAACCCUGUAAAAUCAGUGAAGCUGAAAUUUAAACUUCAUAAUUAAAAGAAGCCAUCCUCUUGAAAACUGGAGGGUUGCAUGUGAAAAAACGCAA